CUUGUAGUCAUUGCGAUGACGGAUGAACGCGAUGUCAGUACACUACUACACUCAGCACUGCUGAGUCAGCAGCCAACUGGCAGCUACACGACUCGACAUCUACACAGUCAGCCCGCAAUUAUACACAAAUUCAAGACUUAAAUCAUAAAUCUAUAUAAUAUGAAUUUAUCGUAAAUCGUGUUAUAAAAUUGAAAACGUAGGCAUCUCGGACUUCGGGGAAAUUUAAAACUCUCUUGUGGAGAUGGAAGCUAACGAACCCAGUUACGAAUUCUCGACGUUAAAGUGUCAAUGGUCGUUAACCGACUCGCCCACUGUGACGGUACACCUGAAAGUGGCGUUUUGCGACGAGGCGGCUGACGAUCAGGCACGGAUGGCGUUGCAGGUAACUGCGAUCGUGAACAUGUCGUUGGAUGAUUAUGUAGUGUACACGGGAUUUGUAAUGGGCGACAAGGCAGCAGAUCAGAGCCUAAAUUCUGGGGUCCAACACGACGACGAAUCGACAGUCGUUCGUAUUUGGUUACGGGACGCUCGAGCCGCGUUAGUAUGCAGUGGUGACAGACCGUCGACGGAUUACGAAUACCAUUUGCGACGGGAAGACGGCGAUAACGACCAACUGCUUACGUUGGCGUGGAAGAUUAAAGUUCGUCCGUUUGGCUUAGCGACGCUUGGCUCGGUUCAGAUGAGAGAGGUAACGUCUACGAUGUCAGUGACGUGCACUUCGUUCAUCACACCGCUGAUUCGUUUACUCUCUGCUGAACGGAAGCAACGAGAACUGUCCGAUCUGGCGGCCGCGGACUGUGAGCGACGUCUUUCGGAAGACAACCGCCGACUGCUGAACGAAUUGCGGUCGAUGGUCGACAGCCGACAGUCAGACGACCAGCGGCUAAUGGCUCGGUUUGUGGAGGUGUUGAACGCGAAGAAGCAGCGGAUAACCGAUCUGCAACAGAAGCUGACUGACCAGAAGUUGGAGCGUAAUGUGCUACAGCCAGUGGUCGCCGCCAGUGAACAAGAUGAAGUGAUAGGUCGAAGAAGGCGGGGACGUGGUACGUGUCGUAGCCAACCCAGGUCGAUAUGUAAGAUUAGACGAUCGACCAUUAAUAGUCAGAACAUAAAACGGUGUCCUUCCUCGUCCGAAGACGAGAACGCCGGUUUACAACGUAUCAACAGCAAAAUCCAGCAGCCUCAUUCUAUGGAAGUGGAUGGAUUAAAUAGUGUCAAUAUUUCUGGUAAUUUAGUUUCAGAUACUGAGGAGACCCUUAUGUCCACUUCAAUUCUAGAGUGUUCAGCACCAGUUUUCCCUAUUGUCCCAAUACCUACUUCAGCUGAGAACAUACCAAUCGAUCCUAGAUACUUAGCGGACACUCAAAUAGAUUCGCCUAGCAGUUCACCAACAUGGUUACAACAGUCGUUGACAGUUUCACCACCGCCUCAGCUGCAGCCAUCAAUAAUUCAACAUGACAAACACGAAAUACCAAAAAAAAAGUCUGUGCUUGAUGACCUAUGGUCUGGUAUUCUAUAGGUAACUAGUAAUGUUGUAUUCAAACAUUUCAAACAAACAAUCACAUACCUAUUAUUUUUUUUUUUGAAUGUUCACUUUUUUAUCGUUAUCACAUACCUAUUCUUAGGAUAUAGGUACAGCUAUUAUCCUAUUGCAAUAUAUUAACAAUUUAUAAAUGUUUAAACAUUGAUGAACUUAUAACUAAAUAAUGAUAUUUUUGAAAUAUAAUAGUAAUAUUGAAUUAUUCAUGUAAGAAACGUAACAAUUACUCUAUGUAAUCAUUUUUAAAAUUUGAUAAGUACAUUGUGUUUAAGAUUUAUUUUUUCUAUAAAAGUAUAAAUACAUUAGUAUAAUAUGUUAUAUCAUGACUGUUAACAAGCUUUAAUGUUUAUUUUACUAUUGAUUUUGAUAUUAUUUAUAAGUUGUUAAAUAAAUUAUUUCAAAAAUAUUUUGUAAAUGUUAUAGUUACAUUAAAAAAAAAAAUUAAUUUUUAAUGUACACUGCAGUCACAUUACCUAAUAUAUCAUGUCUUUUUAAAUUGUAUAUAUUGUAUAGAAUAUUAUAAAAAUAUAAUAUUUAUGUACCUACAUCCUACUACACGUAUACAUUUAUACUACAAUUAUUAUAUAUUAUAAAUAUAUUGAUGAUUAUUGUUACAUUAUUUAUAUUUAUAUUUUUAUUUUAUUAUUUUAUUAGCUGUGAUAUAUUUAUUUUGUGUUACAUUCUUAACUGUAUAAUUGUUGAACUUAUUUAUGUUCAAACUUGUAAUUGGGCAUUGCCUAUUAAAAUAUAUUAAACUCAUAAAUUUAAA